AUGGCGAAAGGAAGCUGUAUGUGCGGUGCCGUUGGCUACGAGUACAGCACUUCCAUAUGGCUGACCACUCUUCCUCUCAGGAGCGGAGCUGCAUACACCUCAAACGUCGUCGUCCCACGCACGAACUUCAAAGUCACCAAAGGCUCGCCCAAGGACUACGAUGUCAAGGGUGAUUCUGGUAAAAUUAACAAGCACUGGUUCUGCGGCACCUGCGGCUCUUCCCUCUAUACCGAGCUCGAGAUCAUGCCGGAUGUGACGUGUGUCAAGAGCGGGUCGUUGGAUGGUGGUGCGGCGAACCACCCGGUGGCUGUGGAGUUUUACACCAAGGAUAGGUUGGGGUAUGCGAAGGCUGUGGAGGGGGCGGACCAGAAGCCUGAGUUUGGUUGA